UAAUUCACUGGCUGCCUACGAGGGCUUGAGAGGAGGAGAAACUGGGAGUGAGAGAAUGAGAGUGAGACAUCUGAUUGCUUACAAGAAUUGAAAAGGGGCGAGAUUUGAGAGUUUAAGAAUGAGGCGAGAUUGAGAGGGAUGGCGAUUGAGGGCUGGAGUUUGGGGAUGGUGCUUAGUAACAUUGAGGUUAGAUAAUGACAGCAGGAUGCGAUAGGGGAACGGAGAGUUUUCCCUUCUCGUCGGGUCAGGCAGCAUCCUCUGGCUGCUGGGCGACGUAGAGAGGGAGACACGAGAAGAGCAAAGGAUUAGAUAUAAACACUUUCCGCCGGGUCAGGCAGCAUCCUCUGACUGCUGGGCGACGUAAAAGUGGGAGAGAAAGAGCAAAGUUUAGACACAUAACAUACAACAAAUCUGACUCUCGCUCCCGACGGGUCAGGCAGCAUCCUCUGGCUGCUGGGCGUUUAGUAGAGCGAGAGACAGGAAGGGGACGAACAGGACAAAAGGACAGAUCCUUCGCAACUCAGUGCAGCAUCCUCAGGCAGCUAAGCUGGCAGCUGGGCGGCGUGGAGAGCUUAGGAAAAGUGUCUCGGGUCCGUUUAGGAGAGACGAAAACAGAGAAACCCCCCCCCCCUCGGUCGGGGCCCGCUCGGCAGGUGGAGGCUCGGCCUACUGCAUGAGGAGGCUGAAAUGGUCCUGGACCUGAAACGGAAGAGAGGAGAUGGGACAGCAAGGUUGAGGCCUGAAGGCUUAGCGCAUAAGCAGCAGAAGAAUAGGAUGUGGCCGGGGGUCCCCUCAGGCCGGCGAGGAACAGCCGGGCGGCAGUGUUGAGACGAGAGGCCGACCCGGACAGUCGGGGGAGUGAAACUCACUUCCCCCCCCGAGGGAGCCCUGUGCGGACAGUGCGAUAUAGAAAGGAGCAGAGGAGGGGAGGAGGAGGAACAAAAAACAAACACAGACAAGUGAGUGAAAAUAGUGCUGGGUUAAAAUAGAAUGAGAGAGAGAUAGACAGGAGGGGCAGCCAAUAACAUACGAGGAGCAGCGCUGGCCAAGCCCUAAUAAUUGACGUGGCGAGUGCUGCAUUGAGAUUGGCUGGAAAGGCUAAAUGAGGCUGAACUGGGAUCAGCUUCCGCCCGGAAGAGAACUGCGGACGCUUACGGGGCAGAACGCUACAGAGGGAAGAGACCAGCACCAUCACUGAGAGAUACACCCUGAUUGAAGAACUGAAAACCUGGACUGAAGCUCAGAAGUACUGUAGAGAACACCACACCGACCUCGUCAGUAUAAAGAACGCCAGUGAAAAUGAAGAAAUAGUGAAGAAAGCGCAGGGCAAGCCCUUCUGGAUAGGCCUGUUCAAUGAGCCCUGGAAGUGGUCACACCAGGGGGAUAACUACACAUUUCACAACUGGAACUACUGGGAACCAAACAAUUGGGGAGGAGAUGAGAACUGUGUGUUGAUGAGUAAGACUGGUGGAUGGAAUGACUGUGGCUGCCACUUUCAGUUGCCCUUCUUCUGCUGUGAGGGCGGCUCCUCUGGUCAGUGUUUCUAUGAAGGAGCUGGGAAGACAUGGCAGGGAGCUCAGAGCUACUGCAGAAACCAAAGCAGAGACCUGCCCACCAUUCAAGACCAGGCCAGGGCUAAUGAGCUUAUAGGUCUUAUACCUUCAACUAGUGACUCGGAUCACUGGAUCGGUCUGUAUCAUGACAAAGAGAACUGGCAGUGGUCCAGUGGAGGUGAUGUCAUCUACUCCAACUGGGAACCAUACCUCUUCUGUGCUUCAGUCAAUUCAGAGGGAGAGUGGGAGGAUUCACUCUGCAGUCAGGGAAACUAUUUCAUGUGCUACAGCGAGACCAGCAACAUAACUGAGAGAUACACCCUGAUUGAAGAACUGAAAACCUGGACUGAAGCUCAGCAGUACUGUAGAGAACACCACACCGACCUCGUCAGUAUAAAGAACGCCAGUGAAAAUGAAGACCUAGUGAAGAAAGCGCAGGGCACGUCCUUCUGGAUAGGCCUGUUCAAUGAGCCCUGGAAGUGGUCACACCAGGGGGAUAGCUACACAUUUCACAACUGGAACUAUUGGGAACCAAACAAUUGGGGAGGCAGUGAGAACUGUGUGGCGAUGAGUAAGACUGGUGGAUGGAAUGAUGCUCCCUGCAACAAUCAGAAGUCCUUCUUCUGCUGUGAGGAUUCAGACCCCACAAGCCCCCCUUCCGCUCCGGUCUCUCAAGAAGCAGAAUCCUCAAGCCCCCCUUCCACUCCGGUCUCCUCUAAAGCUAUGGAGUGCACUAGUUCAGUUUGA